CGCGCAUGUUGUAGUUCUUUGCGUCGAGGUGAUUGUGAUAGAUAUCAGCAACAAAAAGAACGAAUAGAGUUGAGAACAUCAACAUAGAGAUUUUGUUCUCGCGCUCGGAUUUACGUGGCGAUUAGUGCGGCUACAAGUUUUGUUUGAAGUACGCUAAAAGUAGAGAGAGGUAAUGUAGUACGCAAGAGCCGGUGAAUCCAAUCUCGGAGGGGCGCGACGUGGGUUCACAGAAUGUGGCACCUGCAGCGUUCUUAAAUAAAGGAUGAUGGUUGGACCGUCGCUUUUUUUUACUCCUAGGCGCGUGAUGAAAGUGCGAUGCGUUUGAUACUGAAAGUAAGAAUACAGAUUUGAAAUUUUUGAAGCAACUAUGGCGACAGUAUCCGAGUUUCCUAAAAAAAGGUAGAAUUUGCGACGACAGCGACAGGAGAGUGGAGUCGUUCUUUUCGCUGCCUUUGAAACAGGAAAAGAGGGCGUCGUGUCCUCUAGCUAUUUUUUUCCAACGGAGCCCGAUCAUCUUUCCGCAUAAAAUACGACACCGGGCGAGAUAAGUAGCCGGAAUCUGCUCCGUUGUCGACCCAAUCUGGAUAAUUAACCUUCGAAGGACCAGGUCGUGUUGUAAGUAGCGUUUGACGAGACGAGGCGGUCCUUUCAUCGACGUGGUUGCAAACUCGUCUCAGUACAAGAACUACUGCCAGUACUUCUAAACAGAAGGGAGCGCGACCGCUACUCGCGCCUCUGCCUUGACGGCCAGUCCUCGCCGGUGGAGCAGGAUGGCAUCGAGUGACGGGGGUGCCCGGCGGGCGUGCAGCAAUGCGUCUAUCGGUCACUACAUCCUGGGGAAGACCAUUGGCGAAGGCACCUUUGGAAAAGUCAAGCUCGGCACACACAUUUUGACAGGAGAGAAAGUACUAUACUUCUAAACGAAAACGAUGGGUUCUUGCUCUUCCUGUUGAACUUCUCAAUCUCAUCUUCUACUUCUACUUCUAGUAAAUCUAAAUUCGAAAUAAAAAAAAGCUGCAAUUUUUUUUGAAGCCCAAGUGAAGUCGUACAUUUGCACAAAGUUUUUACAUUCGUACCUUGACAGGUUGCCGUGAAGAUCCUGGAGAAGGAACGAAUAGUGGAUGUGGCAGAUGUGGAGCGGGUCGCACGGGAGAUCCACAUCUUGAAGUUGAUCCGGCACCCGCACAUCAUUCAACUGUACGAAAUCAUCGAGACGCCCAAACAGCUCUACCUCAUCAUGGAGUUUGCCUCCGGUGGCGAGCUCUUCGACUACAUCGUUGCGCAAUGCCGGGUCAAGGAAAGAGAAGCGGUAGUACCAGGGAGAGAGAGAGAGAAAUAAUUGUUCAGUUGUUUUGAGAUCGAAGACGAAGACCACGCUGGUUUGGGCUUCGCUCCUGAGCGAUGAAAACUCAGGCGUGACUAUGGGGGUGCCGAUGGUUUUCUUGCACUCUUGCAUAAUGUCUUUAAGAAAAAUACAAAUUGGACAUACUUAACUCUAAUGCAUCAAUAUCACAUCAGGUGAAGUUCUUCCACCAGAUUCUGAACGGAGUGGAGAAGAUUCACAGCAUGCGUGUGGUGCACCGCGACCUAAAGCCGGAGAACUUACUUUUGGAUUCGCACAAAAACAUAAAAAUCGUCGACUUUGGUCUCUCGAACACCUACAAGCCGGGACAGCUGCUCAAGACCGCGUGUGGAUCACCCUGUUACGCCGCACCGGAAAUGGUACGCUGCAAUUCACUGAAUUUGGACCAAUAAAAAAAAUCGAACACGAUUCCUAUGCUUGUUACAAAGAAAGCGGGUGGACUGAUGGUAUUAAGGAGGCAUGAUAUGUUGAUUGUCUCGUACCACUCAAAACCUGCAGAUCGCCGGAAAAAAGUAUGCGCCGAUGAUGUGCGACAUUUGGAGUUGCGGGGUGAUUUUGUUCGCCCUGGUGUGUGGCUACUUGCCGUUUGAGGACCAGAACACCGCGGCUCUGUACAAGAAAAUCCUCGGGGCCGACUACCAGACACCCAAGUUUAUCUCGCAGAGCGUCAAUGAUUUAAUCUCCGGAAUGCUGACCACCGACCCAGCAAAACGAAUGACCGCCGCGCAGAUCAAGCAGCACCCAUGGUACACGAAACCAAUUACAAUUUUUACGUGUGUAGAUUUGUAGUUGUAUUUUUUCGUUGAGAUAGAAGUUAGUAUGAGUAUCCCUUUCUCUUCCCGGUCGCACUCACACUCUACUAGAAUUUUCAUUUCGGUGGUGAAGUGAUGUACGUGGCUUACAUGAUAAAACAGAUGUUGUAGAGGGAUAACCCCACGUAUUUUUAUACUCGUACAAAAGCAAGGAACGCGAUUGCUCCGCUAGGUAUCGGGGACUGUUCGGAACUACGGCGGACAUGGCUACGCGACCAUCAGACCUUCACUUUCUUACCGGCAGGGGUUGCGAAGUGCCCGACUGUUCCUACUGCUUGCAGGCAGACUCCAAGGACGGAAGUAUCGUCAUUGAGGAGGACAUCCUCAGCGCGCUCGAUCGCUAUGGGUUCCCGAGGGGUAAUAUUGUUUUUAUUUCAUUCAUCUGGUUCUGGUGGAGCUCGGGAAAUCGGAGUUGUGGCACUUGAUGUUCCGCUCGUAAUUGUGAUGUUUACUAAAACUCUUACUUACUUGAGUUGCAAAGCAGUCCGUCGACCGACUCAAACAGCGCACACCAAAAAUACGACAAAAAACAGAAGGAAAAUACUAAUACUUACCAUGAAAACAUCAAAACGAAAACAGAAUACGCCGUUAAGUGCCUGGAGAUGAAUAAGCACAAUCAUGUGACGACGACCUACUACCUGCUUGCCCGACGAAAGUUCCGCGCCAUCCAAUCGGAGGACGAUCUGCAACCACUGCAGGAGCUACAGGACACGACCAGUGGUGGACAACUACCACCCGGUAGUAGUGCCAGAAAUAACCCCAACAUCCAGGAGGGCAUUCCCAUCUACAACAUCAACCCCAACCCGCAAGCAAAUAAGGUGGUCCCCGCGUUAAAAAUAGGUACCAGCGCCGCCACCACGAGCACGCGGCCGCCGGACUUCUCGCCAUGGGACCAGUUUAGCUUCCCUCCACCCAGCGCGCGCGGACCACCAGGUGGUGUUCCGGCAGCAGCAGCCCUCGGUGGAGUGGUACCACCGCCCAUGAGCGCACGAGGCCCUGGUCCAAAUGGUGGUCAACACCAUCAAGGACGACAGCACUACGAGCAGUAUUCCGCCAAUAACAACGGUGCGAGCAGAGGACCUCCAGGUGGACCGAUUGCAGGUGUCGCGCCGGGAAGUAGUACAACAAGUUCUACGCAUCAUGCUGCAUCGGGAAACAAGUACAGCACGCGGCCGAGCAGUCAGGACCCGCGCAGCAAAGUAGUACAGCAACCCGGCGGCACAUCAACUACCGGUGGAUACGUGACGCCGCGGCAGCCGGGGGCGGUGAGCAGUCGCGGGCCUCGCCCAGGCUCGUCCUCGGGAGUGAACGGCGCCAGCCCGGUGGUUUUGAAACCAAACUACGCACCGACGACAAGACCCGUGUCGUCCUCGGGCGGACGCGGCGGUACCUACUCAGCUCGCGGAGCUUCCGCUGGAGCGGGUGGGGGCGUCGGCGGCCGGGAGCAUCCGGGUCGCAUCAACACGUCGCGCGGGGUGUCGGCAAACGGGCCCAGAAUAGGAACAACUGCGGCGGGUGGAGGUGGCAACAUAAACAAAUCCGGCACGGCAGGACACCCGCCAGGUGCAAGUCCAAGUCCAGCUGCUGGGGGCGGUGGCGGGGGGCCCACCUCUAGCUCCUUCGCCAGCGGCUCCCAGACCGCACGGGGUACUAGUGCGGGAGGUGGACCAUCAAUGGACCACCGAAUGGUCGGUAGCGGUGUAACCAACAUCCGGCCCUCAACGCGGAUCGCGACGCCCGCAAACGUGAGUGUCGUACAGCCGAGUCUCGGAGUUCCACUGCAGCCGUCCGGGUGGAGACCCACUAGCCAGGUUCGGGUGCCGCUGUCGGCCCGCACACACGCCGAGCAUCCGGUGCGGACCGGCGUGAGCCAGCCUCCGCUCUCCGCACGGGGGUAUGGACGCCCGGUUGCCUACAGCAACUGCGAUGUGGUGCAGACGUCGACGAAGAGCGCCCGACAAAUCGCACAGGAGCUGCAGCGGGCGCUGACGCAGCAGCGGGUCAUGUUCAAACUCGGCCACACCGGCGUCAACAACGGCACUGUGAUCAAAUGCCAAAAACAAUACGUAUAAAUCUUGCCCAUUGAAAUUAUGCCAUAGCUCAAUAAACUCGUCAGAAAUCGUUCUAUCCUUGCUGGCAUCUUCAGGGAGGACUCUCCUUUCCUCCAAUACACCCUUGCUGACACUGACCAUUAACUUUUGAUUUUGCUUGCACUUCGACUUAUUCCGUGGUUGUAGCCACUUCAGGCAUAAGCACUAAAAAUUCCUCGUGAAGAAAGAACAUUUCAUUUCGUUUUCCUUUUCCUUCAGGUGAAAUUUGACCUGGAGAUAUCCGGCGGGCUGGAGGGUGUGGAUUCGCACAUGGUCAAGUUUCGGCGCACGGGCGGGGAUCUGACCCAGUAUAAAGAAAUCUGCCAUUAUGGAAGUGUCAGGAUUGAAAGCGACAAAAUUGAAAUAAUCUGUGAUGCAUAAAAUGCAAGGCACGAAAACGAAAAGACUGUCUUGCAGGGAUCGCAAGUAAGGCCGAUUGUGAGCCUGUUUCGGGUUUGGGAUAGAACUGCUAAAGUAGCACGAAAAAGGAU